GUGUGUGAAACAGAAUAUUCAAAUCAAAACAAAAAAUACGUAAACAGAAGCCAAAGACAGUUAAAAAUGUAUACAAAAGAACUGAUGAAUCACAUCGGCGAUUAUUUGCAACGCAUUAUCGAGUUACAAGUCUUGGAUACAGCCAAGAAUAAAGAUCGAGAGAGCGUCAAAUCCAUUUUGGGCCGUCACACAAAAAUUCUGGUCAAAUAUAUGGUCAAGCUGGAAACAAAAAAUGAUAAAACAGAGAAUCGAGUUUUGGUCUUUACACCAGUGCGCAUCUAUUUGCUUAUUGCAAAAGUUCCCACAAAGAUUGAGUGCCAUUUCCAUUAUUUGGAUAUCCAAGCGGUUGAAAGUAAAAAGCCAACACAUUUUUCAAUUAUUACCAAUGAUCGUCCGUAUAAUUUUGCCACAACCGGCGAUGCUGGCAAUUUCAGUACGAGUGCAGAUGUUAUCUUAAGCGAUUUGGCCUCGGCCAUAAAACACAUUUUUCCAACAGUUCCUUUAAAGUAUAUUAUAAGGAAGAUUGAUAUACAACCACCCGAAAGAGAAGGCAUCUUUUCCGAAGAAUAUCGACCAUCAGAUCCGCGUAAUAUUGGGCCAUGCGGUGGUUUCAGUACUCAAUAUGCCUGCAUGUGCGAUUUUCAUGGAGUGCCAUAUCGAGAAGAAGUUGCCUGGGACAUUGAUACCAUAUAUUUGUCACACGAUACACGAAUUUUAAAUUUACGUGAUUUUGACCAUUUAGAACCAAAAGACUUAAUGGCCAUUGUAUCGGCAUUGGAAUACAAUACAUUUUUUCGUGGCUUAAAAGCUUCACAUAUGCGCCUAUCCAAUGAAACUUUGGAGCGUAUAUUACAUGUGCUCAAGCGUUCAAUGUGGCUCGAAGAGUUGCAUUUAGAAGCCCUAGGUUUAAGAUCCGAUUUUCUGCAUAAAUUGGCUGUAUCUGUGAUUACAAACAAUAAUCCUGCAAUACGUACCAUCGAUUUGAGUCAUAAUUUAAUUGAGGAUAAAGGUGCAAGCUCAUUAUGUGCCCUACUUGGAAAAAUUGUUCAAGGUGCAAUACAUUUGGCGGGACCCAUUGCUAAAGUCUCCAAAGGUCUGUGCAAAUUGGCUUUGGCACAUUGUGGCCUUACAUCCAAGGGUGUUAAUCAAAUGUCACAUUCACUGUCGCUCAAUCAAAGCAUUUCAAAUUCGUUAACACAUUUAGAUUUAAGUGGUAACAAUCUUAAAGAUGAUAUAACUAAUUUACACAAUUUUUUAGCACAACCAAAUGUUUUAGAAUAUUUAGAUCUCUCUUCGACUGAUAUAACAUUAGAGAAUUUAUUUGGUGCCCUCUUACGUGGUUGUGCAACGCAUUUAGCUCAUCUCAAUGUCUCCCAUAAUUCGUUUAGCACAAAGAAAGGCAAAGAGAUACCACCAUCGUUUAAGCAAUUCUUCACCAGUACUUUAAGUUUAAAGCAUUUAAAUAUUGCCGGUUGUAAAUUGCCCAUGGAAGCAUUGAAAAAUUUACUACUCGGCUUGGCAUGCAACGAGUCAACAGCUGGGCUGUAUUUAGAUUUAAGUGGUAAUACAUUGGGUGCCCAGGGUGCACAUGUUUUAGAAUCAUGCAUACAUGGUGUUCGUGUUCUACAAUCUUUAAAUAUAAGUGACAAUAAUUUGGAUGUCGAAUUAGCUCCUGUUUUAACUUCUAUUUCUAAGAAUCCUUCGAUACGCACAUUAAAUAUGUGCCGUAGUUUAACUGGCAUGAAAUUGAAACAUAUUCCUACGGUAAUGGAAGCUCUGGUCAAUUUAAUACAAAAAGAUGAUUUUCCAUUGGCUGAAUUGACUUUAUCGGAAAACAAAUUGAAAGUGGAUAUCCAUGAUUUUAUAAAUGCUUUGGGCAGUAAUCAAAGUUUACAAAAAUUGGAUAUAUCGGGAAAUUAUAUGGGCGAUGUUGGUGCCCGCUUGCUGGCCAAAGCUUUACAAAUCAACAAUAAAUUACGCACCAUAUAUUUGGAUAAGAACAACAUAACCCUACAGGGUUAUGCUGAUAUUGUCUAUGCCUUGGAAAAUAAUUACAGCAUGCGUUGCAUACCAUUUCCAGUAUUCGAUAUUGCGCCACAUUUAAAAAAUCAUCCCGAAAAAACGGAUGCCAUCAUGCGUAAAAUGCAAGAACUGCUGCAACGAAACGGUAGCGGUUUGAAACGUACCAACGGUCAAGGAUUCCGUUUGCAGCACGGCUUUUUACUCUCUUCCACACAUCAAUUAGUUGAUAAAUUGGUGGCCGAAACACAAGAUACAAUAUCGAUUGCCAAAAGUAGCAAUGAUUCGACAUCAUCGUCGGCCGUGCAACGUCUCAUCGAAGAUGCGGAAAAUUGUAAACAAUUAAUGCCAAAACUACAGGAAGCUGUACGUUGUGAAACACAUCCCGUCGAGGUGAAACUAACUCGUGUUGCCAGUGAUCUAAGCUAUACCAUACAAAACUAUUUGGAAGAAACAUUGGAGACAAUGAUACGCACAGGUGUUGAACAAUGUCCCAAAACAUUGGGUAAUCAAACUGUGAUUCAAGAUUUGCGUAAAGUUCUCAGUGAACGUUUAGUCAUACCGGAAGGUUUUCUACAGCAAUGUCUUUUAAAUAAUGCCGGCAGUGAAAUAAUGAAUAAAGUUAGUGAAAUUGAACAGUCAUUGGCUGCUGCAAUAUCCGAUCGUGCUACAGAUGAAGUGUUGGAAGCUUUAACACGUUAUCGUCGCGGUUUGGGAAUUGCCGACUCACCCUCCGUUAUGUUGGAUGAACCACAAACACCCGAUAUUGUGCGUAGUCGCUCCAGUCAUGAUUCGGAUGGUAUGAUUUUACGAACAGGACGUAAUUCCAUUUUACCCAAAUUAGGAUUAGAAUCACCCACUGCUACACCACACAUGCCCACCAAAAGACGUUCUGUUGCUGCCCGUAAGGUACGUCCACAAUCGGUUGUGGAAAAUCUAAGCCUUGGCCAUAUACCCGAUCUAUUGGAAUCACCCUCAUCACAUCGUUCAACAUCACAAAUAUCACGCCGUGAUUCGUCAAUUAAUGGCGAUGCCACCCUGACAAGUGAUAGUCGUGGCGACCUAGAUGAUGGAGGCGGCGAUGAAUGUUGUGAUUCCAUUACAGAAUUGCCAAGUGCCUCUUUUCAGUUGCAACAUCUAGUCAAAGGUCGCCCGAAAAGAGCCAAAACACGUGCACCCACCCGGCCGCUAGUUACAGCCAUUGAGAAUGGUAACAGUACCAAGGAAAUUGGUGAGGGUCUUGAUCAAUUCUUUCGACCUGGUUCGGUAACACCCACCACACUAACACCCCUUGUAUCACCCACCUCGGAGGAAUGCAGCUCUUUAUCAUUCGUUGAUAGUCCAACAAUGAGUCGCAAUGGCAAUGAUCACAUGACCUCCGAAGAAACCACACCAAUUCUAGAGGAACGUCGUCCCAUAAAAUUGGAACGAAAUUCCCCCUUAUUAAAAGGUGCUGCAUGGACAACACGAUCACGUUCCACUGACAAUUUAGAGAAAUAUUCACCAUUGGUGGGACGAAAAUCGCCACUUGUCAAAAUGCGUACAGAAGGUGGUGGUAAUGGUGCCGGUGGGCCAAACGACAACGUUACAGACUCUUCGCUGCCCACAACACAAGCUGAACGUUUGCUAAAAACCUGUUCGGGUCGUGAAAGUAAAAUGCGUUCACCCAGUACCGAUUCGAUAAAAUCACAUACCGACUCAACAACAGGUGCUAAAACAGGCAAUGGUAUUUUACGUACACCGGUAAUUUUACAAAAACCACGGCCAUGGUCUGUGGUGGGCAGUGAGCCAAAAACUGCUGCACAAGGAACAAAUUCAGUGAUGCAUACCAGUACGGAUUCAAGUAAAACAACACCGGAAAAAUUGGAUGAAGAAAUGGAAAGUGUACCGUUUGGAAACGGCACAACCAAUAAUAUUGCUGGCAAAACAACAGGUGAGUUAAUUGAUAAGUUUAAUAAAAAACGUAACAAUUAA